AUGAAUAGUGAUAAAUUCAAGGUUUUAAAAUUUGGUCAUAUAAACUGCAGAUCAGUUUUAUCAGGAUUUCAUGAAUUUAGUACACUGGUUCAAAACAACAACCUUGAUAUUGUUGGAAUAUCGGAAACGUGGCUAUCAAAAGAUAUAUCUAAUGACCAUAUAAGUAUGAAUGGAUACAACUGCUAUCGCUGUGAUAGAGAUGGGCGAGGUGGUGGGGUUGCAGUCUUUGUAAACAACCACUACAACUCUUCCAUAAUUUCAUUUGGGCAAGGCCCAAGUCUUGAAUAUAUAUGGCUGAAGGUGCAGCUUCCAAAACAAAAAAUUGCUAUUGGUAUAUUCUAUCGGCCCCCACAUAGCUCUGUUACAGAAGCCGGUAAUACCUUUGAUAACAUGUUGCCUGCCAUAUUAGCUGAAUAUGAUGAUAUCAUCCUUUCAGGGGAUAUCAAUGUUAAUUUGCUUUUAGUUUGUAACAGCUUGACUAAAUGCCUUGAUUCUUAUAAUCUGAAACAGGUGAUAUCUGAACCGACUAGAAUAACUGAAUCGACACUCACUCUCUUAGAUCCUAUUUAUUUGAGCAAGCCUGAAAGUUGUCUUAGGAGUGGCACUAUUAAUGCUGAUAUGAUUACUGAUCACUAUUUAACCUUCUGUGAUAUACGUAUUGCACUUCCUAAAAAUCAACAGAAAUUUGUGACAUUCAGGGAUUUCCAUAGUUUAAAUGAAAUAGCGUAA